CUUAGACGCACCCUGCUCCUCUCUUUUCACUGGCAUCAAAAAGCCGGUCAAAGGAACGGGUCAGGAGACACAUAGAGGACACAUGGACACGGGGUAUGCGGUCCGGUACUGACACUGAAUAGACCCACCCGCAGUAACUUUAUUAUUUGUUUUCAAACUUGGACAUCUCGCGCGCGCAAGGACAUGUGCGUGAUGGAGCGCAUGAGCUGCGGACGGGCAUGAGCUGUGGACUCAGAAAAAAACCUGGCUGAGCACUGACCAGAAUCUGGUCCUGAUGGAAGAAGAGAGCAAGAUCUCGGUGUGGGUGUGCCGAGAGGAGAAGCUGGUGUCAGGGCUCACGCGCCGCACGACCUGCGCUGAUGUGGUACGUGUACUUCUGGAGGAGCAGGGUGCCCGGCUGUUGGGCGCACAGCAGUCCUACUGUAUAGUGGAGAAAUGGCGCGGUUUUGAGCGCAUUUUGCCCAACAAAACGCGCCUGAUGCGUCUGUGGGCUGCUUGGGGCGACGAGCAGGAGAAUGUACGUUUUGUACUUGUGCGUAAUGACGCUUCUUUGCCAAGCGGGCCGCGCAGCGCCGAGGCCAAGGUGGUCCCGAGCAAAGAUAGCCCGGCAGGACCCCGGGGACAUGGCUGGACCACGGUGUCACAGGAAAAACAACGGCGCGUGGUGCGCAAAGCUUUCCGGAAGCUGGACAAAAUGAACCGGAAAAAGGAACAGGUGGCAAACAAGGAUCAGGCAUCAGUGGAACGGAUGGAGACCUUGGUCCAUCUGGUGGUCUCCCAGGACCACACCAUCCGACAGCAGCUUCAGCGCAUGCGUGAGUUGGACCGGGAUAUUGAGCGAUAUGAGGCUAAGGUGCACCUGGAGCGCGUGCAGCGUCACGGCCUCAACUACGUCCAGGACACCUACCUCCAAGAUGCGGCAGAGAUUGGAACAGCAGAAGAGCGGCGCAGCAUGCAGGAAGUGCUAGCGCAGUUUGAGGAGUAUGCUCUGUGCUGUGAGGAGCUUGUGCGUGUGCAGGAUGAGCUGACUGAGCGCGAGGAGCUCGUAGACCACAUCACUGCUGAGAUCCAGGAAGAACUCAACCACCGUUGGAUGGAGCGCAGGCGUGACGAGGUGGUACCGGGGGAUGUUUCUGGAGAACAAAUGAUAGAGGGGGCUCGUGCAUGUGAUGUGACAGAGCCGUACGUGCACGCGGAUGGUGUCUCUGAGAAUGAGCUGGCUCUAGAACAGGAGAGGAUCCGAACUGAGUUGGACACCAGCCUUUACAUUGGACUCAGACUCAAGACUGACCUGGAUUCCACCCGGGCUCAACUGGACUCCAGUCUAGUGCAGUGGCAACACCGUGAGCAAGACCUGUUGGAGCUGCUGGACCUCCUGGCCCGGGAGGACUCAGGGGAGAAGCCUCGAGACAUGGGACUGGGGACUGAUGGGACUGGAGGGACUGAGGGGACAGUGGGGUCUGGAGCAGAGCUGGACCACAAUGGGACCUGGGUUGAACAGGCCCGCGGUCUGUCCAAGUCCUGCACUAAUGAUGAGGACUCAGACACUGGCCUCAGCUCUAUGCACAGCCAGGACUCAGACCACACUCCAGUCUGUGAGUCCCUGGUCUAGACUCACCACUUAGAUCAGUAUUGGCAAUAAACCCUUCCCACAUGCACCUCCUUAGAGCAAUAAGUGUAGUCCAGCCCAAAGAAUCUAGGCCUAUCUCCCAGCUGGAUUGGGUCAGACAUGGUCCAAGUUUAGUCUCUGAAGGUUUAUUACACUAAGUCUUCCAUCUGUAUGCAAAAUGCAAAAUCUAAUAUUGUGCAAAUGCAUCAGUAGAACCUAUUUGUGUUAGACUUGUUCAAGUGAAAUGUAAUUAGUAACCGAAAUACAUUAGACUCCAAUAAUGUAAACUAACAACUAAAAAGUUCAAACAUAAUUUCAUUUAAGCACCAAUAGUAACUUUACAUUAUAGUGAAGUCAUAAUGCAGCAUUUUGUGUUAACACAGGACCAAUGUACUUCAUGGGCUGUGUCUUAAGAAGUGCAGCUGGAGCAUAAUCCGUGAAUCUCCAAAAGUGUGACAUCAGGAGCACUAUUUUUAGCUGGGACUCACUUCCUGGACAGUAGUUGGUGCACAGCAGUAUUAAGUGUUUCUUUUACCAGAUUUACACUCACACACUUGCCAGGGGUCAGCAACUUUGAGAUAAUUUUGUACCACCUUUCUUGGCUUGCUUUUAAAAUUACCUAUUAUGUUCACAAAAGAAACAUUACUCCUUCUUAUUUACCAUGAUAUGCAACUUUCAGACAAUGGAGAGAUUGGGUAUGUUGUGUGGGUUGGUACUGGUGACACUGUGGUAGAUGUUGUUAAUCUGGAUUAUGAACAAAUGCAUCUGUCGAUGAUAUUUGAUGUUUGAGAGACUAGAUACUGAGAGGGCUUGGGUAAGUACAUAAGAGGGAUGGUUACCAAUGUGGACUAGAGGCCUCAAGGAAGACCAAAGAUGUUAUGAAUAUUGAUAAAGACAACAUGAAGUUGAUAUAUUAGG